ACUUGUGCAGGUAGAGAUUCAGCUGCUCUUACACGCGAAGUUUGAGAAGAUUGAACGCAAGUCUGGUUGAACUCCCAAACAAAGCAACUCGGUGAACAGCUUGGAUUUUAUUCUUCCUCUUAUUAUUAUUAUUAUUAUUAUUAUUAUUAUCUUCUCCUCUAAACUUGUCUGUGAGCGAAGGACUUGUGAUCAUGAAGCUGGAGGUUUUCCGCGGCGCGCAUCUCCACGCAAAAGCACCGGAGACGUGCAGCGACGCCGAGACCAGCGUGCCGUCUCCGCUCUCCGGGGAAGACGAAUUAGGAUCAGAUGGCGACUGCGCAGCGCACAGCCCGUGCGCACCUGUCGCGUCUUCCGCCGCCAUGUCCUCUGCAGCAGCGCGCAUCGAGGGUAAGGACAAGGGCAAGCCGUACACGCGCAGACCAAAGCCGCCGUACUCGUACAUCGCCCUGAUCGCCAUGGCCAUCCGUGACUCCAGCUCGGGCCGCCUGACGCUCGCCGAGAUCAACGACUACCUCAUGCGCAAGUUCCCGUUCUUCCGCGGCACGUACACGGGCUGGCGCAACUCGGUGCGCCACAACCUGUCGCUGAACGACUGCUUCCUGAAGGUGCUGCGCGACCCCUCGCGCCCCUGGGGCAAAGACAACUACUGGAUGCUGAACCCGCACAGCGAGUACACGUUUGCCGACGGCGUGUUCCGGCGACGCAGGAAGCGCAUCGGCAAAAAAGCGGGCCGGGAGCAGGACGAGAGCGCAAACCGAGCCUCCACAGACUCUAUAAAUGCGCCCUCGGCCUCAACCAAGUUCACAAGCCCGUUCGCCAUCGACAGCAUCUUGAGCCGACCUUUCCGUAAAAGGGAGCAGCCGGAGCACUGCGUGCCAGAGGACGUCGCUGCGGCCACUUGGCCUGGGCGCGCCCCCGUACCGUCGCCUUACGUCACGCGCGGCGCACCACUUCACGCGAUGGUCGAUGCGAGCGCAGCGGUGCACACACUCCGCGCCUACGGCAUGAUGGGCGUCGCGUUUGAGGACUUGGCCGCCGGGGUCCGGCAUGACAGAGACUUUCUCAGCGUUCCACUGGGCUCAGAGUCCCGAGUUCCGGUCCCGAGGGUCACACCGACCAACGCGUCCACCAAAGUCAGAGCCUUUCACCCUUUUCAAAUAGACUACUUAUUAUCCUAA